AUGUCUCUACAACAACAAGAGCUCGACGACAUUGCCUUGCUUGAGCAUGCGCUUGCAAAAGUAGAGGAGUCCGAGCCCGAGCUACCACGAAUUAAUACACGAUCUUUCAUUAAUAGAGAUCGUGCAAAAGCGCAUGAGCAUCUUGUCAAAAAAUACUUCGCUGUUGACUGUAUUUACCCACCACGCAUGUUUCGACGUCGGUUUCACAUGAGAAUUGAGUUGUUCCAUUGGAUCCGAAUCGACUUAGAAGCAGCUCAACCAUACUUUCAGCUGAGAUAUGAUUGCACAGGUAGGGCUGGGUUUUCUUCAAUCCAAAAAAUUACAGCAGCAUUGCAGAUUCUGGCUUACGGCAACCCAAUCGAUCGUGAGAAUGAAGCUUUAUGCAUUGCAGAGACUACAACUUUAGAAACAGUUCGUAUAUUUUGCAAAACUAUUAUCGAGUUGUACUCAGAUCAGUACUUACGAGCUCCGAAUCAAAGAGACCUUUCUCAUUUACUAGAAGAAAAUAAGUCUCAUGGUUUUCUUGGUAUGAUUGGUUCAUUAGAUUGUAUGCAUUAG